AUGGAUGCAGACCCGACCGGCAGCGCCGAGAACUGCACCACGAAGACCCAGCGACUCAUUGCAGAAAAUGGCGGCCGAUGUAUGAGCACCCAGGCUAUGCAGUCGCUUUAUGACUUCAGGAAGAAUAACCUACUCUGCGAUGCGGUUUUGAGGCUCGAAGAUGGAGGCGUUUUUCCGAUUCAUCGCGCGAUCCUGUCCGCGUGCAGCACGUACUUCAGGGCUCUUUUCACGACCACCUUGCAUUCUCGUGAGAAGACCGACGUCCUGCUGCCGGGAGUCAACAGCAACAUGAUGAAUCUUCUCCUGGAGUACGCCUAUUUACGCUCCCUCGAAGUAAAUCGAGAAAAUGUCUGUCAGUUGCUGAUAACAGCUGACUAUCUCAGUAUUCUGGGGGUCCUGGACCUCUGCUGUGAUUACUUGGCCAGGAACCUUGCUGCAGAAAAUUGCAUCGGAGUAAUGAGGUUCGCCAGGGAGCAUUUCUGCAAAGGCCUGGAAUCUGAUGCCUACCGUUACGUCAUGAGACACUUUGUUCAGGUCGCCCAGAAGAGCGAGGAAGUUCUUCAGCUUCCAAUAGACGAGUUGAAGGCCCUAGUGGGAGCAGACGAGCUGAACGUGAAGAGCGAAGAAGUGGUCUGGGAGUUGGUGCUGAGGUGGGUCAACCACGACCCUGAAGACCGGAAGAGACACAUCGUCGAGCUGAUGAAGAACAUCCGGUUGGGUCUUCUGGACACGCAAUUCUUCCUGGAGAACGUGAAGGACCAUCCCUACGUGACCGGCAACGAAGCUUGCAAGCCCAUCAUCAUAGGCACCCUGAAGUUCCUCUACGACCUGGAGAUGAUCACCCAGAAGGACGGGGAAGUGUCCACCCCAGAAAUUGCGCGUCCCAGACUACCCCAUGAGAUCCUCUUCGCCAUUGGAGGGUGGAGUGGAGGCAGUCCGACCAACUUCAUCGAAACCUACGACACGAGGGCCGACAGGUGGAUUAAGGUUGAAGAGGUGGAUCCCACAGGACCCCGAGCAUACCAUGGAACCGCCGUGGUCGGCUUCAACAUUUACGUGAUCGGCGGCUUUGAUGGCAUGGACUAUUUCAACAGUUGUCGUUGCUUUAAUGCUGUGACGAAAUCUUGGCGCGAGGUGGCGCCCAUGAAUGCUAGAAGGUGCUAUGUUAGUGUGGCUGUCCUGAACGACCUGAUUUAUGCCAUGGGAGGAUAUGAUGGACACCAUCGCCAGAACACAGCAGAACGGUACAACUAUCGCUAUAAUCAGUGGUCACUGAUAGCACCCAUGAACGUCCAGAGGUCGGACGCAAGUGCCACCAUGUUGAACGAUAAGAUCUACAUUACGGGAGGUUUCAAUGGGCAGGAGUGCAUGAACUCGGCUGAGGUUUACGAUCCUGAAACCAACCAAUGGACCUUUAUUGCUGCGAUGAGAUCUCGUAGAAGUGGCGUCUCCUGCAUCGCCUAUCACGGAUGCGUUUACGUCAUUGGAGGUUUUAAUGGGAUUUCGAGGAUGUGCAGUGGUGAAAAAUAUAAUCCAGCGACGAAUAGCUGGUCACAGAUAAGGGACAUGUAUAAUCCUCGGAGUAAUUUCGCGAUCGAGGUGAUCGAUGACAUGAUUUUCGCAAUCGGUGGCUUCAAUGGGGUAACUACGAUUUACCAUGUCGAAUGUUACGAUGGGAGAACCAACGAAUGGUACGAGGCCACGGACAUGAACAUCUACCGUUCGGCCUUAUCAGCUUGCGUUAUCAUGGGAUUACCAAACGUCUGUGAUUACAUACAUAAACAUCGGGAACGACUUAUGGAGGAAAAGAGGCAGAAAUUGCUUGCCCUGGAAGUGCAGCGAACUCAGCAACAGCAGCAGCAACAACAGCACCACCACCAUCAGCACCAAAAUGACAAUCCUGUUAUGGCAAUCCCACCUUCGGUUCAAACCAACCAGGAAAACAACAACAACAACAACCAGCAAGCUUAAUCUCCAGUUAGGGGAAUUCUGCCUCUUAAAAGCGAGAGCAAAAAUGGCGUCUUCGCGACAACAAUGCCAAAAAAACGCCGAAAAUUAUCCCGGCGGAUUCGCGAUGGGGUUCCAUACCUUUGAACAAUGCUUUUUUAUUCUUUUUUUCUGUGGAAAGUACUUUUAACAAUUUUACCGGAUUUUUAUACUCGACUUGACGAGCGACUCGUGGGCGGCACCUUUGACCCGGGAAAAGGAUUUUGUAAUUUGAGGGGGAAGUUACCAAAUUUUUGGUAAUUUUUAGGGGAUUAUGGGGAUUUUCAGAUUCGGGGAGAUGAAGUUCUGAUGUGCAAUUUUGUAUGUAAGUACUGCGGAGGGAGGAACGGGGAGCCAUAAUUGCGGUAAAGAGAGACAAACUGAGAUGAUUAUUUGGCAAUAGAAGAAUCGGCAUGUUGUAAUCGGGAAAUGUGAUUUUGUAUUUUCUUUUCUUUUUCUUUUCUUUUUUUUUUUUUCUUUAAAUUAUUUGACUCGCGGGACUUCGGCGGGAAACUCGAGAUCGAUUUUUGAAUGUCGUUGGAAAAUAUCGCCACGACUGAUCGCCGAAUGUCUCGUGACAAGAGAUCGGUACAACACUUUGGGAAUAAAAUCUCAGUGGCCUUUAAAAUGGAAUUUUAUUUUAGUUAUAUGUAAAGGCUGCGAGAAAUUUCCGGUCCCGUGGAAAGGAAAUGUCGCACCGGAAAUGGUUAUCAGAAGUUCUGGAAUGGAGACUAAGAACGUAUGUAUGUACAGGAGUAUGAAAGGCAUGCAAGUAUUUGGCAGUAAGUAGUAAGUCACUAAUUUAUGGAAAUUGAUAAGCCUUCUAUACCUGAUAAGGAGCGGGUACACAAGGCUUUUCAGGUAACGAUAAAUCGAAGCGAUUUGUACUCUGCGCUGGUAAAUCGAAUUCUUCUACAGUGACGUUAUUUAAAUGAUAUUUAAAUGUGUACAGAUCUGUUUUCAUUGUCGUAACGAUUUGUAAUCUGUGCAACUGAAGCGAGUCCUUCGACAGCGACUGUGCGUCAUCCAAAUGGUAUUUAAAUUUGUACAGAUUUAUUUUUUAUUAUCGCAAUAAUUCAUCGUUACGUGUAAGGUCGGUUUUAAAAUGGCUACACGUGUAACGAUAUAUCAUAACGAUUUGUCAUCUGUGAAAUUAAAUCGAGUACUUUCACAGCACUCACACGCCAUUUAAAACUGUACAAAACAAUUUGCACAAAUUUAUCGCUGCGAUUUAUCAUUACUUGUAGGGUCGGUUUUAAAAUGGCUGCGCAUAUAACGAUAAAUCGUAACGAUUUUUAAUCCGCGCAGUUAAAUCGUGUUGAAAUCUCUAUAGAUUUAUCUACACGGAUUAAUUUCAAUCAUUUGUAAUCUGUGCAGUUAAACCAAAUUCUUCUACAAUGGCAAUUACAUAUGCACUAAUCAUUUUGCACAAAUUUAUCGCAACGAUUUAUCAUUACCUAUAGACUCGGUUUCAAAAAUGGCCACACAUAUAACGAUAAAUCGUAACAAUUUGUAAUUCGCGCAGUUAAACCGAGUUGAUAUGGGUACAGAUUUAUCUGCACUGAUUAAUUUCAAUAAUCUGUAAUGUAUAGUUAAAACGAUUUCUUUUACAGUAGCAAUUAAAUCUGUACAAAUCGUUUUGCACAAACUUAUCGCAACGAUUUAUCAUUACGUGUAGAAUCGGUUUUAAAAUGACCGCACAUAUAACGAUAAAUCGUAAUGAUUUGUAAUCCGCGCAGUUAAAUAGAGUUGAAAUCUGUACAGAUUUAUCUACACGGGUUAAUUUCAAUAAUUUGUAAUCUGUGCAGUUAAAUCGAGUUCUUUUACAGUUGCAAUUAAAUCCGUACAAAUCAUUUUGCACAAACUUAUCGCAACGAUUUAUCAUUACGUGUAGAAUCGGUUUUAAAAUGGCCACACAUAUAUCGAUAAAUCGUAACGAUUUGCAAUCUGUGCAGUUAAAUCGAGUUCCUCUACAGUAGCAAUUUCAGUCUGUACAAAUCGUUAUACACAAAUUAAUCGCAACGAUUUAUCAUUACGUGUAUAUUCUGUUUUAAAAUGGCCACACAUAUCGAUAAAUCGUAACGAUUUGUAAUCUGUGCAGUAAAUCGAAUUCUUCUACAGUGGCAUUUAAAUCUGUACAAAUAAGUUUACACAGUUUUCUCGGUACGAUUUAUCGUUUUAUGGGUAGACAUCAAACUUCUGUCUCAUCAGAGUUUUGUACGGCGAAUGGCAUGCAAUUAUUUGGCAGUAAGAAGUAAAUCCCUAAUUUCUUUAAAGGUAAUCUCUGCCUUAUCAGAGUUCACAUUUGCGAACCUACGCCAGAAUUCGAGAGGAAUUCACCUAUUUUUAUCCUCUUUCAAUCAUGAUUUCACACCUACAAGGUUCAAUAGCAACAUUCACUUCACUUCAUUAAGGGGAUGUGAAAGUGGCGUCAAAGAGGUCUUGUUCAUGAAGCUUUCCUUCGCACUGGGUGUACCGAAU